UACAUGGGCUGGGCCCUCUUUUUUUGUUAUUUGCAAGGUGAGUCAGACUGAAGGCAAGUUCUUUUAUUCCUGUCUAGAGUGAUUCAGGCAGAGGAGGUGAUAAAAAGCACCUGAAACAAGAAACGGAGGCCCGGGUGGAAUUGUCUUCAGCUGCACGUCCCGUCCCCCCCACAGCUUUGCCCCUUGAUCUUGAGGCUUUUGCUUGGAAGAGUUGUACCUGAGCACUUUCUGGGCAACACAGCCCUCCGAACUUCCCUGGAAUGCCUCAGCACUGGCUGGUGACUGUCGGCUGCCUUGCAAUCACUCUCCUCCUCCCGUCAGCUGUUGGCAUUCAAAGAAGAGAAGCCUGCCAUUGCAAUGGGAAAUCCAGGCAGUGCAUGUUCGACAAGGAGCUGCUCAGACGAACAGGAAAUGGAUACCGGUGCCUCAACUGUGCCGAAAACACAGAGGGAAAUAAUUGUGAGCUGUGUAAGGGGGGCUUCUAUCGCCAGGAACCUCAAGGACGUUGUGCACCCUGCAGCUGCAACCCCAAAGGUUCUUUCAGUGUACAGUGUGAUAACCAGGGACGGUGCCCCUGCAAACCUGGUGUGACAGGUGAUAAAUGCGACCGAUGCCAGCACAAUUUCCAUUCCUUCUCAGAAUCUGGCUGCAGAGCUGCUGGGCAAAUACAGAAUUGUGACUGUGAUCCAGCUGGCAGCACGGGCCAGUGUGUUUCAGGACGUUGCAUCUGCAAGGCAGCUGUUGAAGGGGAGCGAUGUGGCAGUUGCAAGCAGGGCUAUUACAACCUAGAUGCAGGAAACCCAGAGGGCUGUUCUCGAUGCUUCUGUCAUGGGCACUCAACAACAUGUUCCAGUGCAGAAAAUUAUAGCAUCCGUAAAAUCACCUCUACCUUCGAGCAAGGUGAUGAAGGUUGGCAAGCUCAAGGAAAUGGGUCUCCUUUGCAGCUCCAGUGGUCUUCACAUUAUAAAGAAGUUUAUGUGGCAGCAAGAAGGCCAGAUCCUAUCUAUUUCAUGGCUCCAGCCAGGUUCCUUGGGAACCAUCAACUAAGUUACAGCCAGAAACUGUCUUUUGAUUAUCGUGUGAACCGACCUGGACGUCACCCUUCACAACAUGACGUGAUCUUGGAAGGAGCUGGUUUAAGAAUCUCUGCCCCACUCAUGCCUAAUGGAAGGAUGUUGCCUUGUAAAGCCAGCAGGACCUAUACAUUCAGGUUGGACGAGCACCCAAGCAGCAACUGGAGCCCUAGGCUGAGCGGCAAAGAGUAUCGCCAAUUAAUUGGGAACCUGACAGCUCUUCGGAUCAGAGCCACUUAUGGAGACAGCACGGGGUACCUCAGCAAUGUCCUUUUGGAUUCAGCGCAGCCAACCUCUGGCACUCCAGCAUCCUGGGUGGAGAAAUGUGUCUGUCCGGUUGGGUACCAGGGGCAGUUCUGUGAGAAAUGUGCCCCAGGGUACAAGAGAGAGGAUCCUGCUAGACUCGGUGCUCUCAGCAACUGUGUGCUCUGCAGCUGCCAGGGAGGAGGAACCUGUGACCCAGAUACUGGAGAAUGCUAUUCUGGAGAUGAAAGCAGUGCCACCUGCCCAACUGGUUUCUACAGCUUCCCCUGGAGCCCACAGAGUUGCCAGCCAUGCCCGGGCCAAGGGGGCCAAGGCUGUUCAGUGCUGCCAGGGACGCAGGAAGUCAUUUGCAGCCAUUGCCUUCCAGGAGCAGGAGGCUCUCGCUGUGAGUUUUGUACCAAUGGCUAUUUUGGAGACCCCUUGGGUCAGAACGGCCAAGCACGUCCCUGCCAACCAUGCCAGUGUAGCAGCGUUGACCCAAAUGCUUCUGGGAUUUGCAACCACUUGACAGGGGAGUGCAAGUGCAAGGACGGAUUCUUUGGAAAUCCUUUAUCCAUCAACCCAGCAGAGAAAUGCCGAGCUUGCAAUUGCAAUUCUGCAGGUUCUGAGCCAUCACGGUGCCACAGUGAUGGGAGCUGCAUUUGCAAGCCAGGGUUCGAAGGGCGGAGCUGUGAACACACCCAUUGUCCAGCCUGCUACAGCCAAGUGAAGACUCAGGUAGACCAGUACCUCCAGCAACUGCAGGGCCUUGAAGUGCUGGUCUCUCAGGUUCUUACUGGUGGAGAGACAAGAGAUAAUGCAGAGCUGGAGAGGAAAAUGAGAGAGGCAGAGGAUAUGCUCCAGCAAGUCCUAAGGGACACCCAGAGCUUACAAGCUUCUGACAGGUCCUUGGGGAGCCGCCUGUCCAAGAUGAAAGUUCAAGAGUCCACCUACCGGACCCGGUUGGAGGAGAUCACGGAGACUGCCAACAGGUUGCAGUCUUUGGGCAGUCAGUACCAGAGCCAGGCAGAAAAUGCCAGGAAGCUUGUUGUGAGAGCUCGCUUGGAUCUGGAGCAGAGCAAGGCAAAGAUGGGAAGCAUGAUUAUUCCAUCUUUAGACCUCCCUGGAGGGUCAAACCAAUUUUUAAUCCUGGCACAAGAAGCCAUGAAGUUGGCAAACAGGCACAUGCAGCUGGCAGAUACGAUCGAGCUAGCAGCCAGGGCAGCGGCAGAAGCCUCAGAACAGGCACUGGGAUUGCUGCGGUCAUCUGCGAGUGGAGGAGACAUCCUGCUGAACUCUGUGCCAGGGCUCCACAAAAAAUAUGAUGAGAUAAAGUUGCUCUCAAGCCAACUGGAGGCUGAUGCUGGCAAAGCUGCAUCUGAUGCUGACAGGGUCUACCAGAGGAGUCAGAUGGUGCUUGACUCUCUGGCUCGCUUACCAAAGGUCGACACAAGCUUCUUUCAGGAGGAAGCCGGUCAGCUCCGGAAGAAAGCAGAUUCUUUAACUGGCUUAGCGGGAACGUACAUUGCAGAAUACAAGCAGCUCCAAGGCAACACGGAGCGUUGGGAAGAAGAGAUCAAAGAGCUCUUGCAAAAAGGACAGAACGACAGACUGGUGUCUGUCCAACUGAUGUCUCGUGCCAACCUUGCCAAGAGUAAAGCUCAGCAGGCACUGAGUGCUGGCAAUGCCACAUUUGAUGACAUUGACAGCAUCUUGAAGAAUCUUAAGGGGUUCGAUCUUCAAGUAGGGAACAAGCGAAAAGAAGCUGAAGAUGCCAUGCAAAGGCUCCCAUUCAUCAGCAACAUGGUCACCAGAGCCAGUGAAAAGACAAGCAUCGCAGAAGCAGCCCUGGGCACUGCGACUACAGAAGCAGAGGCAGCCCUGAGAAUGGCCGGGGAAGCAAAGGAGAUUGCGGGGAACAUUGAGCAGGAGAUCGGAAGGUUGGCCAUGGAAGCAAACAGGACAGCAGAUGGAGUAUUAGUCCUGGAGAAAGGAAUCAUUUCUUUGCGGGAUGAGGCUAGACGUGUGGAGAGCGAGUUACAAAGGAAGGAGUUGGAGGUUGGCAUGGAUACAACCAGAGCUCAGGAAGUUGGUCAGGCGUCACAGGGAGCCUGGGGAGAUGCCAAUGAUGCUGGGAGCACAGUCCGAGAAGUCAUCAGUGCCUUAGAUGAUGUUUUGCGCAUGAUGGACCAACCUGAGUUUGUGGAUGAGCAAGGUGUGAUCAUGCUUGAAACGAACCUAAGUAAAGUCAGAACAAGAAACAACCAGUUGAAAGAACUGAUGGUGCAACUGGAGGAAACAGCCAGGCAUCAGAAACUUCGGAUUCAGACACUGGGAUGGAGCAUUACUGGGAUCCUUGCUGAUAUCAAGAACCUGGAGGAAAUCCGGGAUAGUCUUCCCCCAAGUUGCUACAACAUACCACCCAUUGAAAAACCUUGAAGCCUUUGGAAGCUGGGACAGAAGACUUCUGUGUACUCUGCCAGAUCUUGGAUACACAAAGCAUCAGAGUUAGGCAAAUGGUUUUAAGUGCUUCAAAAGAUCUGAGCCUCUCAGACCUCAAAAAGCCACAUGUGACUGGUGAAUAGAUCUUUUUUAAGUUCCGUUCAUCAGGCUGGAAGAGCAGGUGCAUCAUUCUGUUUUAUGUUGCGGCUGUUCCACUUUGGUGCAUCAAGCACGGAGACAUAAAGUUUAUCCUAGUUGUCCCACUCCUGGGAAGCAAGAGGGAAACCUGCAGGCUGCACAACAAAGCAGCUGAAUUUAAAGAAACCGGUGUGCUGAGAGACAUGUUUAUUGCUGAAUAUAUAUUAGAAGGUAUGUGCCCUGGGUUAGUGUGUGGCCACAGUUCAAAGCUUGGAGCCAGCAGCUGGAUCUGAACUGCCUACUAAGUGUCCGCCAUCCUAGCCUUCCUUUCUCCCAGCCAGAUCUAAUGUAAUAAGAUGGAAGCUAAACCCAGCUAAAUUAACUUAUGCUACAUUAAAACCUUUUUAUUACCACAAAUUACUCUUAAUGCUCACUCUCCCACUUAGAAUCUUUCUGAAAAAUCUUUCUUAGCAUCUAAUGUUUCUUAACCUCAAGGAUGGAAUGAAUGUGGGCCUCUGAAAGCUUGCAUAGGCCUAAAACUGGUCCAGUAGCAUUGCCUCACCACAGGAUUUCUGGGAAAUCAGCGAUACCAAACAGAAUAUUCUCAAUACUCUAAUCAAACUACAGUUCCCAGAGUCCUUCAGAGUGGGGGGGGAGGCAGGGGAAGACCUGAGAGUUACUUGUAGAAAGUAAAUACUUGUAGAAGUCUGUGGCAGCAAUGGUGGUUCAAUAUGUUCUUGCUUCAUUUCUCCUCCCAUUUUCUACAAGGAAUAUGGGGUGUCUCUGAGAGAUUAUCUACAAGCAGCUCAAGAGUGUUUUGUUCACCUCAUGUGGCUAUAUAGUGAGAACCACCUACCUGGCCUUAGGUUAUAGCUUAGUAAAAUUGCCAAGCAGUCCGAGCCUAAAUAUACUCAGAAGAAAGUCCCAUUGAAUGCAAUAGAACUUACCCCCAGGUAACUGGGUCUAGGAUGGCAGCCUAAGCUUCUUGUUUUCAAUCACCAUCUCAGUCAAAGGAGGGACAGACUUUCUUGUGGGAGACAGACAAAAUCCCUCUAGAUAAUUCUGUUGGUUUCCAUUUUAUAACUCUGUUUUAAGUUAUCGUUCAAGGCUGUAGUAGGAAAAAGAAACAUGAACUAUGCCCUUGCUUCAAACAGUACUUCAUACACAGGUAUAAUGGUGCUAAAUAUUAAGUAUUCUGUUGUGGUUGGGUGAAAAGCGCAAAAUAAAUAAUGA